GGCGGCCUGUUUGACAUCUGGGCUACCUUUUUCGUGCAUCUACAUAUUGCAUCUAAUAAGUCAUGUUUUCAUUCCUAAUUUUAAUAAAAUAUGAUCACAAAUCGCAUAAAAUACAGUAAUUCAUUCAUUAAACGUUUUAAACCAUAUGACUUUCAUGCAACUAAUAAUGCAUCUAAUAAAUCUAAGAGAAAACAUCAUGCUGGCUGGCAGCGUGCACUUAAACAGACACCUUUAUAUCGUACAACCAUUCCUGUUAUUGUCACUUCAAACUGCCGUUCACUUCCCAACAAAAUUAUGCAUCUCCAGUCUCUCUUAUCAUCUGAUACUUAUCACAAUACGGCGAUUGUUGCAUUACAAGAAACAUGGCUCCAUGAACUCUAUGAUGACAAUCUGGUUUCCCUAAAUGGUUUUACAUUGUUUAGACAAGAUCGACUAUGCUCCAGAAAGAAAAGAGGUGGAGGUGUUGCAACUUUCAUUCAUUCUCAAUGGUCAACUUCAAAUAAUGUAUGUUUUUCUUACUCUAAUGACUUUAUUGAUUGUAUAACGGUCAAAUGCCGCCCGAAACAUUUAUCCAAAUUCAAAUACGUCUUCAUCUCUAACAUUUAUGUUACUCCUGGCUGUUCUGCAUCUGAUCUAUCUGAUUUUGCUGAUGAAUUCACUGAAUUUGCCGUUACACAUCUUGAAAACUCUUUAUCAGUUGUCACAGGAGAUUUUAACUGCUGUGAUUGUUCUUUCCUCGUAUCAUUAGGUCAUGCCAAUAUUGUUAAAUUCCCUACUCGACUUGAUAAAACCCUUGACCUGGUGUUCAUUAAUGAUGAGGAAAUAUAUGAAGUACGCCGACGUGCUCCUAUCAUGAACUCAGAUCAUUGUAUUAUUCGGAUAUUACCUAAGAUAUACAGCAGAUCUCACUUUAAUAUCUUCUCAAAUCUGUCCAAGAGAACACAGCAAAGGUGUUACUCACAAGAAAAUAUGCUCAAACUAAGAUGUAUGCUAAAUGACACUAACUGGGAACUUUUCAACGAACACAAACUGGAUGAUACUAUUUCCAAUUUGACUGACUAUCUUAAAUUCUGUCUUGAUAUAUGCUGUCCAAAACAGAUAAUUUUCAAAAGAAUGGAUCGUUUUUCUUCCCCUCAUCUCAAAAAACUUCGUAGAGAAAAAGAGAAGCUGUACAAGACAAAGAAUAAAUCUGGUCUUAAGAAGAUAAACACCCAAAUUAAAUCUGAAAUCAAGAGACUAAACAACAUUUAUAAUCAAACAAUACUAUCUUGUAAAACAUCAGAAAACAUAUGGAAGCUUUUUAGAGAAAUUACUGGUUGUGGUAAGCAUAAUAAUUUUGCCUCUUCUAUUGAUGUAAAUACUCUCAAUAGAUCUUUCAUCCGCCCUCCAAAUGUCCUUUCUGCCUUCAAUUUAACUAAUAACACGACCAGUGACUUUCAUCGUUUCAAUACUUCUGAUGUUCUUAAAUGUUUGAAAUCUCUUAAACCUUCCCAGAGUCUAGGCCCUGAUGGUAUACCUGCCAUUGUUUUAAAGAAAUGUGCUGAUAUUUUAAGUAACCCACUUACAAGCAUUUUCAAUACUUCUUUUUCUAAUAAUAAUGUACCUUCUCUGUGGAAAGAUAUUAAAAUCAUCCCUGUACCCAAGUCUGGUUCUGGAGAUAGUGUUAAGUUUAGACCAAUUGCCAUUACCUCUCCUUUCUUGAAACUGAUGGAGAAAUUACUCUUACAAAAACUCAUUCCCUCCCUAAGCUUCUCAAAUGAUCCAAAGCAGUUUGCUUACAAACAGGGUAGAAGUACUUUGGAUGCUGCUGCUGUGUUUCAUCACAACAUUGUAUCCUCCUUAGACAAAGGGGCCAAGUAUGUCCGUUGUACUUUCCUUGAUUACACAUCUGCUUUUGACUCUGUACCUAGAGGCCUUUUGUUAAACAAGCUUAGCCUUACACAAACUGAGUCCUGGGCUAUCAACUGGCUGCACUCUUACUUCUCCAAUAGGAUGCAGUACACGGUAUAUAAUGGUGUAGCUUCCUCUCCUUUGCUUACUGAAGCUGGUGUUCCUCAGGGUGCUGUUCUCUCGCCGUUUCUCUUUUCCUUCUUCUUACAUGACUUACCUCUCUCAGACGAAAUCAACUUCGUCAAAUAUGCAGAUGACCUGACUGUUUCGCUUCCCGUUAAGUCUCAGUCAGACUGCUUCAAAUUAAAUAGCUUCCUGUCGGACAUCAGUCAGUGGUCUAAAAUAAAUGGCCUAACGCUGAAUCCCUCAAAAUGCCAGACUGUCGACUUCUCCUUUAGGCAUAAACGAGAUCUACAAACACUAGUAAGCACUCAUGAUGUCUGUAGAAUCGAGGGGACUAUAAUUGAAACAAAGUCUAAUGCAAAAUACCUCGGAUUAGUUAUAUCUUCCGACCUUACUUGGUCAUCUCAUAUCCAAAUGAUUUCCAAGAAAGUGUUUCGUCUAACCUACUACAUUAAGAAACUCAGACUAACUGGAGUCCCUCAACCUCUGCUUACACAAUUUGUCAACUCUCGUAUCCUACCUAUUCUACUUUACUGUUCCCCGUUAGUCUUUCCUGGGUUACUGAAAAAGGAUUAUACCAUCCUGAGAAGGAUGUUGAAGGUAGUUAGCAGGACUAGCGGUGUAAAACUCAGUCAGCUCGUCACAACAUUAGUGGAUAAGCAUCUGAAUACAUGUGAGAAAUGGUCUAAAACCAUACUCUCUGACCCCCAACACCCCCUCUAUUCCCAACUCUCUCCCUGC